AUGUCGGACUCCUAUAUUCUUAUCACGGGGGCAACCGUAAUCUCUAUGGAUAUAUCGAAUGGAGAGACCCUGAAUUGCGACAUUCUAAUAGAAAAUGAAACAAUCAAGGCUGUAGGCCGAGACCUUUCCCUGCCGAGUGACGGGAAAGUGGUCACCAUCGAUGCAAAAAACUGCAUUGUAACACCGGGGUUCGUCAACGGUCACCAUCACAUGUGGCAGCAUCUCCUACGGGGUCUCACGGUUGACUGGUCUCUUUUUGGCUAUUCCUGCCAUCUACGGAGCGUCUACGGAAGUUUGUACACGCCUGACGAUGUCUACUUCGCCAACUACGCUGCCGCAUUGAGUCUGCUUAAUAACGGCAUCACGACGGUCCUGGACCACUGCCACGUUAUAAACUCGCCCGCCCACGCUGACAUGGCCGUGAAGGGACUGAAAGAUGCUGCUAUUCGAGGCACGUUUUGCUACGGGUUCUACCAGAACCCAAUAGUACCUGGGGAUCUCGCCAGCACUGCGAUGGAUCCGUUCGACCAAGCCGCUCGAGUCGAUGAUGCUCGCCGUGUGCGCCAGGAACAUUUCUCGAGCAACGAUGCCGGCAGUGCACUUCUUACUUUCGGGGUUGCAUUGAAUGAGCCGCCAAUGCAGCCCAAGGAAAAGAAUAUCGAGGAGUUGGUCAUCGCGCGGAAGCUGGGAGCUAGGCUCGCCACUCAGUUUUCUGAUGCAAAGUUGAUGGGACCGGACAUUGUGUUCAGCCAUGGGGCUUGGAUGACAGAUAGCGAGCUGGCUGCGGUCCGGAGUUCUAGGGCUGGUAUUGUCAGUACACCUGAUACAGAGCUGCAGAUGGGUAUGGGAACUCCCAUAGCAUGGAAAGCGGCUGAUCUGGGCUGUCGGACGUGUCUUGGACUUGACAUUACGUCGAAUCACGGUAAUGACUUUAUGGCGCAGAUGCGGCUAGCACUUCAGACACAAAGGGCUCGCGAACAUGACCAGACAGUACAGAGGGAUGUCCGCAGGAAGGCAGCGGACGUUUUACGUAUGGCAACGCUGGGCGGGGCAGAGGUCAUGCAGAUGGAGUCGUUGAUCGGUUCUAUCGUUCCGGGCAAGAAGGCUGACUUGGUUAUCUUCCGCUGUGACGAUAUUGACACGGUGCCCGUUGUGGACCCUGUCGGGACCGUGGUCUUUCAUGCGGCGCCGGGGAAUAUCGACACGGUUAUUGUCGACGGAAAGAUUGUCAAGCAAAAUGGUCAGCUUGUGGGUGUUGACUGGCAUUCACUUCAUGAUCAGAUAGUAAGCAGGUCCCAACGACUGAGGGACCAAGCAGGACAAGUCGAUAUGGGCGAGUCGGAAUCUAUAUUCCAUUCCCUGUUCGAGAAAGCCAUGGAAGAGUGA